UGCGCAGCCAAUGUGACCAUCUUACAUGGAGACUGUUUGAAAUUGAGCGGUGCUGCAAUUUAAAAUCUUCUAAAACUUUAAUGUAACGUUAAAUAACCAGAUCUCUUUGCUCAGAACGGUCCCCAUGGACAGCGGUGCUGAUGGUGCUGAGCCGGAAGAAAAUGAGAGAUCGUCACCUCCAGCCGGACUCCAGUCUCCUCAUAUGGAUCGCAACCCGUCGCCACCCCCGGACCAAGCUGAUGGAGACCAGGGAGAAGAUCUGGAUGCCAUUGGAGACACCGUUUACAGCAAGCACUGGCUUUUCAGCACGCUGACUCGACUCAUUCAGAUGGUUACAGAGCAUUCAGAAGAGAACUCAGAAGAUCAGAUGCAGCUCUCUGACGAUGAGGAAGAAGAUCUUUGCAAAGUUUGGGAUAUGGCCAUGGAUAAGGACGUGGCGGGUUUCCUACAAGAAUUCAAAGCUGCUGAUAUCCUUCUUGGAGUCAUAGCCAAAUCUCGCUGCCCACGUCUUACAGAAAUUUGUGUAGGAAUCCUUGGGAAUAUUGCUUGUUUUCCGGACACAUGUGCGACUCUCAGCCAAAACGAGGAUUUGGGUGCUGUGCUGUUGCUUCUUCUGGGAGAUGCUGAUCCCCCAACCCUUCUAGAAACCAGCAGACUGCUAUUGACCUGUUUGUCUCAAAAAGACUUCUGUUCCCUGUGGCUUCAGCGAAUACAACAGCAGACAUCUGUGUGCUCCAGCCUCUGUUUCAUCAUGAGCAGUUCUAUUAACACUGAUCUGCUGGAGAAGGUGGGAGAGCUGAUCGACAAACUGUUUGACCUUGAUGAAGAAUUAAUGAAGUGCUGGAUCACAUCUCAGCCGAGUGGUGAGAAGGAGCGAGAUGGGGAUAUCAAUCUGGAUUUGAGCUUGUGUCUCCUUGAGGCAGCAAAGCAACUCAGGUCUGAGAGUCCCAAUGGUCUGGAGGUUUAUCUUCACAUCUUCCAACUUCUCACCACUGUAGAGGAGGGCAUUCAGGUUUUUGCGGCACCUGAUGGACCUGGCAAAUCACUGUGGGAGUUUGUUAGUGACGUUGUGUGCGAGGACCUCUGUCAGCCAAAUGAUCUUCCGGUUGUCCUGCAUGAGCAGAAAAGCAUUUUAAUUCAGGCGUUGUCUGUGCUGCAGGCUCUUUAUAGAUGCCAGAAUCUGUGGUGCAGCAGAAACGACACCAGCCUGUCUCUGAUUGGGUCAGUCUUUCGGGUGUGCCAGCAUCAAAGCGAGUCCAAAAGGGAAGAUUCCAACAAAGACGAAGCAAAUGAUGACCAGCUGCAGACUCUUGCAGAGAUUACCUCAGAGUUUCUAGCUGACAUUUGCCUUAAUAUUACAAAGGACACGGUGGCAGAUUUAAUAAAGAAUGACGACCUGACACAGAAAACCUGUCAAGCAGCUGCAGCCUGUUUGCUUCCCAAUUUUAAGACUUCUUUUCAGCACCUGCAGGCUGCGUUGUCAGAGGCUGAUCCUCAACUGGCAGACAUGAUGAGGACACAGUUUCCUGUCUGAGGCUCCUGCUGAUCAGUGUUAGCUCUCACUCAGUCUCCUGCUGCUUUUUAUAGCAGCUAGUCUUUCCUCUCCAAAUAUUUGUAUUUCCAUGCGAUAGACAUUAUCAUUAAUGGUAAACUUUAUCAUUUCUUUUGAUAACUUGAUCUAUGAUUUGCUUAUCUUGGCAAAAUUAAAGAUCCGUACAUGCUUUACAGUUUUUAAUUAUUUUUUUUAUUAAGAUUAUAUGUGCCCUGUAUUGAAUCAUUGAUGUAAUGAUGUGAUAAAAUUUUUAAAGCAAACAGUAGGCCAAUAUGAUUUCAGUCAAAAGUACAGGACACCAAACACACAUCCUUGUUUUUUGGGGGGUUUUUUUGCUUAGUUGAGGAUUUAUAAUGGCGACUGACACUUUUAUUGACACCCUUUGUUUAAAAUGUUUUUGCUGGAGCAUAAACUUGCAUUGAAAAUAUUGGAAAAAUCCAAACUUUUUUUGGAGCAUAACUACAGAGAAGUGGGGGAAAAUAAAUCCAACAUCUAAUAAUUCUUCUUUUAACUCAAUCGAUGUAACACAUUUGGUGGUUUCUCUAACAAUUCCUAAAAAUAUAGAUGUAUACCAUUAACUGUUUUUAUGCUUUUUAAAAUUGGAUCUUAAAAGACUAACUUUUUUCAAGGUUAUUUCUUUUCACCUAUUUUUACAAAGAAACGUCCAUGUCUCCAAGCAGCAGUCAUAACUGAGAAAUGAUGUUGUUGCUUUUAUUGCAGUAAAAUAACAUUUAUUUUACAUGACCAAACAAAGAUCAUCUAAGAUGACAUUAAUAAUUGGUAGAAAUGUUCUUCUCCACCUUUUAAUUUGUGUGUCACAAAACCUAAAAAUAAAUGUUUUUUUAUA